AUGGCCUUGUCGGCUUUUUGCGCGCCUUCAUUACAAGGAAAAACAUUCAAGCCAAGCGUUUUCCAUCUCGGCCGAUUCGGAGUUAUGAUGGCUGUGAUUACAUUCAUCUGGAACGGCUUUGCAUUUGCUGUCCUUUGCGCCCCUCAGUAUGGCAACAGCUCCAUAAAUGCAGAUGCAGGCUUAUUCAACUAUGCCAUUGUUAUCAUGGCUGGCGUUACAGUCAUCGGCCUGGAACAGUGGUGGCGAAAGUCCAGCCGCGUAUGGUUUCACAAUAUCAAGGAUAUCGAUAAUCGUCGUGACCAAACUUUUCGCUUCACUCAAGGUUGGAGUAAGCAACAUGCGCCACUUCACGCGAGAGGAAGCAAGUUGCGCCAACUCACGAUUUUGAGAGUAAGUACUAGCCAAUAG